AUGGGCAUAUUCAAGAAUAGUCGCGUGUACGUGCUCGCUACGGUGGCGUAUACGGGUUCAUUCCUAUUCGGAUAUGACACGGGUGUGAUGGGUAGUGUGCUGGAACUUCCAAGUUUCAAGGCCGAUUUUGGACUUGAGGAGGGAAGUCCUGGUUUUUCAAAUGCCAAAAAUGCCCAAGUCUCAUCCAACGUCGUGUCACUUCUCACUGCCGGAUGCUUCUUCGGCGCUAUCCUUGGCUCUAUUGUCAACGACAAGUUUGGCCGUCGCUAUUCCAUCAUGGCAUUCCUGAUGUUCUUCCUUAUUGGUUCUGCUGUCCAAACCGCCGCUACCAGCGCGCUAUCCUAUAUGUAUAGUGGACGGGUGAUCGCAGGUUUCGGAAUCGGAGGCAUGUCAGCUAUCACUCCAGUCUUUGUAUCUGAGAACUGCCCACCCGCGAUUCGUGGUCGUAUUGCUGGUCUCUUCCAGGAAUUCCUCGUCAUCGGUGUUACCGUUGCAUACUGGCUUUGCUAUGGUGUGGCAGAAACCAUCCCCGCCACAACCAGACAAUGGCGCAUCCCCAUCGGAUUCCAGCUUGUGCCCGGUGGUCUCAUGAUGAUUGGCAUGUUCUUUUUGACGGAAUCCCCUCGUUGGUUGGCUAAAGAGAAUCGCCUCGAGGAAGCCAUCGAAGCCCUUGCAUAUAUGCGCUCGGAGCCAACUACCAGCCCUGCGGUCCAGACUGAGAUGGCGGAAAUCAAAGCGGCCGUUGAACAUGAAGUCGAAUCAACCCAGGGACUUACCUGGCGAGAACCGUUCCUUCCUGGAAACCGAAUUCGCUUUGUCAACUGUUUCUUGAUGAUGUUCUGGCAGCAGUGGACGGGCACCAACAGUAUCGGAUACUAUGCUCCCCAGCUGUUCCAGACCGUUGGAGUGUCCGGAGGCAGCACGAGCUUGUUCACAACGGGUAUCUACGGUAUUGUCAAGGUGGUGGCCACCGGAGUCUUCCUCGUUAUCGGUAUCGACAAGGUUGGUCGGCGAUGGUCUCUUAUCGCUGGCGCUAUUUGGAUGUGCACAAUGAUUGGUGUCUCGUCUGCAUCCCUCGCGAUGAUUGUCAUGAUUUACCUAUACGUCAUUGGCUACUCCGCAUCAUGGGGACCGAUUCCAUGGGUUUACAUUUCUGAAAUUUUCCCAACCCGCCUUCGUUCGUACGGUGUUGGUUGCGGAUCGGCAACUCAGUGGCUCUUCAACUUCGUGGUGACUUAUGUGACUCCCGCGGCUAUUGGUAACCUUGGCUGGAAAACCUUCAUCAUGUUUGGUUGCUUCUGCUUUGCCAUGGCCUUUUGGGUUUUCCUUAUCGUUAGGGAAACGAAGGGUCGCUCUCUCGAGGAGAUGGGCGUGCUCUUUGAGAAGUUCCAUGCCUUUGGCAGUUUACGUGAUAUUGAAACUGCAAACGAAACCAAGUUUUCGUUUGAUGGGGCUGCUACCUCGUUUCAUAAUGAAGUACAGGGUGUUGAAAAUGAGGACCAUGUGAAGCGAUAA